AUGCCGCGCAUGCACCUAGGCCCCGAGCUUGAGGAUAACAAAGACCUAGAUGAAUACACGGAACAUCUUCUUCAAGCCCGCUUGGCCAAUUUUUGGAAAACCUCGCAUGCGAACUGCAAUUCUGAAUAUGAUAUUGUCGCGGCAGAGGAGAGAUAUGAAAGGUUUUGUAACGAAUAUCUCAUCACAAUCCCAUCUGCUUUUGGUUUGCAACCCAACACGCAAUGGGAUGAACAUCUUUCAAUGCUUCCGAAGCAAAGAGAAACCUUGCAUAUCGCCAUAUUCGAGUCUCUUUGUUACAAUUUCCGGCCGGCACUAGUACAAAUGCCAAGGCAGACACAUCAUCUUCCCAAAUACAAGCAACUCUUACUAUUAUCUCAGCGAAAGGCUCUCGCGGUUGCCGCAUUACGUGUUCUAAAAUGCACUUCUUCCUUGCACGCUCUGAUGGGCGGCUCCCAAACACGCUUUACAGACAUCAUUCGACCGACAUUCGAAGCCGCAGUACUUCUCGUGCACCUCUGUACCGAUGAAACUUUGUUUGAGGGGGAUGAAGAUCGACGCCCCGGCCUGUUGAGAAUGGAUCCCCUCAGGGAUAGUAUGGGGAAUCUCAAAUAA